GGCUGCUCCGCGGGCUCUGCCCACAACUGGCGAAGAGGCCGGCGCCGGGCGCGGGUGGCCCCGGGACUAGGAGGACCUGGGUGCACGGGCGCGCACGGGCGAGCCCGGCGGGAGCGGCCAGAGGGGUGCAGGGAGGUGGCCACGCGGUGGACGGCCCCGAGGUGGCCCCUCUGAGAAGGGUGGCCUCAGCCACCUCCGGAUGCUGGUGCUGCCGCCCCCCUGCCCUCAGCCCCGGGCGCUGGCCAAGGCGGAGGCCAUGGAGGACCCGCGCCCUGGGACAGGCCGGUCCCCAGAACCCGGACCUUCCUCCUCCGCAGGAAGCCCCCCGCCCUCCUCCCCUCCGAGGCCCAACCACUACCUGCUCAUUGACACGCAGGGCGUCCCGUACACCGUGCUGGUGGAGGAGGAGGCUGCGAGGCAGCCCGGGCCUGCGGGGACCUCAGCCCAGAAGAAGUGCUACAGCUGCCCCGUGUGCUCCCGCGCCUUCGAGUACAUGUCCUACCUGCAGCGCCACAGCAUCACCCACUCGGAGGUGAAGCCCUUCGCGUGCGACACCUGCGGGAAGACCUUCAAGCGGGCCAGCCACCUGGCGCGGCACCACUCCAUCCAUCGGGCCGGCGGGGGGCGGCCCCACGGCUGCCCGCUCUGCCCGCGCCGGUUCCGGGAGGCGGGCGAGCUGGCCCAGCACAGCCGGGUUCACUCGGGGGAGCGCCCGUUCCAGUGCCCGCACUGCCCGCGCCGGUUUAUGGAGCAGAACACGCUGCAGAAGCACAUCCGGUGGAAGCACCCGUGAGCCGGGCCGCCGGGCACCCCUGGUACCGUGGGAUCUGGGGGAGCCCGGACUCCUGCGGUUCUCAGACACCCGGAGGGCACCCGAGGCUGGGCUGUGGGGCCCUGGACACGGACACGGACCCACCUGCCGCGGAGGCCAAGCCCCGCGGAGGGAGGAGCUCCGGAGUCACCGCGGGUCCUGCGUUUUGGAGACAAGACGGGAACAAGACCUCAGUUCUCAGAGUGGAGGCCUCCAGGCUGGGCCCUGACAGGGGCCGUGGGUGGGCCGCUGGGCGUGGACAUUCUCUGGCCUGAAGAUGUGGUUGGGGGCCAUCGGGAACCCACUCGAUCUCCUUGAGGCCUCCAUGCGGAUGUUGGGGCGGGGCUCCAGACCUGGUCCCCCCCCCCCCCCCCCCCCCCUACUCCAGCUAGGGACUGAGUCGUCACCCAAUAAACCCGUUUUCUACUUUGAGCACUAGAAGCUUCUUUUUGGACCGAGGCUUGGUCAACCCGCUGCCCGGCAGGGAGACUCAGCGAGUGCCUGGCCCAGUGGGCCUCAGCUUGCCUGAGGGGGAAGGGGCCAGUCUGUGCUUGGCCGCUCAGGACCUGUGUCAUAGGCAGUGGUUUUUUAAAAAAUAAUAUAAUUAAAAAAAAUAAUUUUUUUAUUGAUUCCAGAGAGAAAGGGAGAUAAAAACAUCAAUGAUGAGAAUCAUGGAUUGGCUGCCUCCUGCACUCCCCCCACUGGGGAUUGAGCCCAGAACCCAGGCAUGUGGCCCUGACCGGGAAUCGAACCCGGACCUCUGGCUCCUAGGUUGACACUCAACCACUGAGCCACACCAGCCGGGCCUAUGACUUCUUUUAAAAGACUUUUGAUUUUGAGAGAGAGAGAGAGGAAGGGAGAGGGAGAGGGAAAGAGUGAACCAUCAAUGUGGAGAGCAAGCAUCAGUGGGCUGCCUCCUGCACGCCCCCUAUCGGUGGCCAAGCCUGAAAUGCAAGCCCAUGUGCCCUGACUGGAAAUCGAAGAGGCAACCUUUCCAUGCUCGGGAGGAUGCCCAACCAACCCUCCCGCCAGCCAGGGGCCAUUUGUGACUUCUUAAUGGCCGAUUCCAUCCUACUAUCUGAAUUCUCCGCCCAUGAACCUGUAGUGUGAAAAACACCCAUCUAGGGCAGAUGCCUCCCUUGGACUUAAAAAAAAUAAAAUAAGUUCUGCCCUAGCCGGUUUAGCUCAGUGGAUAGAGCGUCGGCCUGCGGACCGAAGGGUCCUGGGUUCGAUUCUGGUCAAGGGGAAAUACUUCGGUUGCAGGCUCCUCCCCAGCUGGGCCCUGGUGGGGCUUGUGCAGGAGGCAACCCAUCCAUGUGUUUCUAUCACAUCGAUAUUUCUCUCUCUCUUCCACUCUUUCUAAAAACCAAUGGAAAAAUAUCCUCGAGUGAGGAUUUAAAAAGUAAAUAAAACAUCCUCAUCCGAAGAUAUGUUUUUCAUUGAUUCUAGAGAGCAUCUGUUACCUCCUGUGUAUGCCGCGACCAGGGAUCAAAACCUGGGCAUGUGCCGGGAGAGGGGACGGAAGCCCAGACCCUUCCACACCGGGGAGGGCGCUCUAACCAGAGGGCCACACGGCCAGGGCGCUCCCAGGUUUUGGCGAGGCUGCCACUUAUUAGUACUGGGGAGCGGGUAGGAGCGGGCACAGCCCUCUGUGUCGCAGACAUCUAGGCCCCCACCCCCACCCCCCGCAGGGUUCACGCUGUGCUCCCGGGAGGGCUGGCAACGCUCCCAGGGCUUGGCGGCUCCGGGCGAACGGGGGGAGGAGAGGCGGGCGGAGCUGCGGCGGGCGCGGGAUGAGCCCCCGCUUCUCCAGGAGCCUUUCUGGGCCUCUGCGCGGUGCCGGGCGCAGUGCGGGGCCGCGUCGCUUCUCCCGACCCGGUUUUGAGCGGAAGAACGGACAAGCCAGCCGCUUCCGCUCCGCCGGGGGCAGAGAGCCUCCCGCGGCCUGACCUCCGCUGGCUCUAACGGCUAACGGAGCCGACCUGCAUCUCCAGCCCCGACGGUGGCCGCGCGCGGGGCGGGGCGUUUGCGCGUGACGUCACUGCAUCCUCCCCACUUUACAGUGUCUCUGAGGUGCUCGGCGGCCCGGGUCCGCGGGAGGCCGCGCCAUGAACGACCGCAGCAGCCGGAGGAGGACGCGUGAGGAAGCGGGACCCUGCCCCACCCCCGCCCUCUCCUCCCCAGGGUGGGGCCUGGUUCCAGGGGGCGGCACUUCCCUGGGCCGACC